GCUAUUGAACCACAACCAAUAUUCAUUCACAAUAAACAUAUAUCUUCUUCUCUACUACACUCUUGCUCAAAUCUCUUUAGUUAUAGGAUAUGAGUAUCAAUUAUCCAACAAUGGUGCUCUCGUUGAGAGGUUUGGACACAAUCAAGUGAGAAAACCUCCAAAAAACAAAACAAAAAUCACCCAAAAUCAUUCUGCAAACAGCAAACAAAACAGAUUUCAAAAUGUCAACCACAAGAAGAAAAUAGGGAAACCUAUGAUCUACGUCCACCUUCAACACCACCGAUGUGCGCCAGGCUCCAGUUAUCGCCGCCACACGCCAGUAGCAGUGGCUUGCCGCCUGCUGGAGCUCACCACCCAUCCCCAGGACUGUCCGGAGCCGCCUGUUCAGUCCUCUGCAUCUCGCUGCGACAAGCACAACCUCCUUUGUCACAACCCUGCCAAUGUUGCACCUGGUGGUUCCACGACCGCACCGGUCCCACAGUGAAGGUGCCAAGAUGAGAACGGCGAUGCUGCCUUUCCUCCGAAUCAGUCUCAAAAGCAGCUAUCCUGAGUUGCAGCACGACCAGUUGUUGUUCGUCGGCAACGGCCAAAUAGAAACUAGUGCCACUUUCUCGCUACUCGCCUCCCUCCACGGUCCGGCCAAAUGCAGCUCGGGCUGUAACAAAUCUAGCGAGUACAGAUCUAGCGAGGGUGGACAGAUCUAGCGAGGGUGGACGAAUGAAUCUCUGCCAGCCGUUAAUGUUGAGUACAGAUCUAGCGAGGGUGGAUGAAGCUCUGUUCCCAACCCAAGUUGUGGAUCCAGCUUGCGAAGCCCAAUCAGAGCCACACAGUCGCCGGAAAAUCCACGCAUAGCAGCGGCGGCAUCCACUGACGACGCCUUGCACCCAGCGGUAAAAGCGUCCGAGAAGCAGCGGCAUCUCCGACGAGCUCCCUUCCACUCCCACGACGCACAUGGACGAAUACCUGUGAUGUUUCCAAGCGCCCAGCAGUCCGGAUAAGCUGUCAUCUUCCUUCUGACCGACGGUCGCCUCUCUCUCAGUCGCCUCCAUUUCCGGCGGCAGCAGAUGAAAGGCGUGGUUGGCCGGGUUAUCUCUAUGAUUGAGAGCGUCAACUGGCCAUAUGAGAAUAUAGGUCAGGGAGUUUUG